AGCGGCAUGUCCAUCGCUACGACUGGGUGGUGAAUGCUAAGGAGAGUCACGGUUGCUGCAGUCUGUGCCACCGGGAGGAAGUUGUGGUGUAAGGCCGGGCGGGAGCUCGCGGCGCUGUGGAAAAUCGAAGCGCGGGGUCGGUGCGAAGACCUUACCAGACCUUUUCCUAGUCUGAUCAUGCCUGGACGAAACAAGGCGAAGUCCACCUGCAGCUGUCCUGACCUGCAGCCCAAUGGACAAGAUUUGGAUGAGAGCGACCGUGUCGCCCGUCUCGGAGCGGAAGAAUCUGAGGAGGAGGGUCGGAGGGGGUCUCUUAGUAAUGCCGGAGACCCCGAGAUCAUCAAGUCUCCCAGCGACCCCAAGCAAUACCGAUACAUCAAAUUACGGAAUGGCUUGCAGGCACUUUUGAUUUCAGAUUUAAGUAAUGUGGAAGGUAAAACAGGAAAUACGACAGAUGAUGAAGAAGAAGAGGAGGAGGAGGAGGAAGAUGAAGACUCUGGAGCUGAGAUAGAAGAUGAUGAAGAAGAGGGUUUUGAUGAUGAGCAUGAAUUUGAUGAUGAUGAUCAUGACGAUGAUGAUCUUGAUACUGAGGAGAAUGAAUUGGAAGAAUUGGAAGAGAGGGCAGAAACUAGGAAAAAAACCACUGAAAAACAGCAAUCGCAGAGCCUGUUUUUGCUGUGGUCAAAGCUGACUGAUAGACUGUGGUUUAAGUCAACUUAUUCAAAAAUGUCUUCAGCCCUGCUGGUCGAGGCAAGAAAUCUUUAUGGGGUAGUUGGAGCUGAAAGCAGGUCUGCACCUGUUCAGCAUUUGGCAGGAUGGCCAGUGGAGGAGCAGCAGGGUGAAACUGACACAGUUCUGUCUGCAGCGGCUCUUUGUGUUGGAGUUGGGAGUUUUGCUGAUCCAGAUGACCUGCCCGGGCUGGCACACUUUUUGGAACACAUGGUAUUCAUGGGUAGCUUGAAAUAUCCAGAUGAAAAUGGAUUUGAUGCCUUCCUGAAGAAACAUGGAGGUAGUGAUAAUGCCUCAACUGAUUGUGAACGUACAGUCUUUCAGUUUGAUGUCCAGAGAAAAUAUUUCAAGGAAGCCCUGGAUAG